AUGCUGAAAAAGAAAUUCUUUAAAAGGAAACCAAAGACUGCAGGGAAAAAGGGAGAGGUGCGUGCAAAGCAAGCCCCAAUAUAUAGAAGCGAAACAAGGAAUGUUUAUGAUUACAUAGCUAUAGAUCCAGAAUAUAAAUUUGGUCCUUCGGGGUAUACACCUUUACGGGAAAAGAAACCCCUCCCAAAUCCAACUGAAAAGAAUGCUGCUGAAGGAAAGAUAUUCAGCAAGGAUGCCAUACUGGAUCUUCCAUUACAACGUGUGCCGUCCAACAGACGAAUAGAAGAUUUAGAUGAGAAAGAAUAUGGAUACACAUCUUUUGGCAAGGUCCACAGACAAAAAAAGAAAGACACAAACUGGGAAGACGCAUUCUUUGACGCGCUUGAAUUCUUACCGUACCAGAAAUUGAAUCACAGUCCUGCUUUAAGCAAGUUCUUUUUCGAACCACAAGAAAAGUACAAAGUUCUAUCCAUCGAGGAAGUAUGCCGAGAAAUUAACAAUGCGUCGGAUGAAAUUCAGCAAGAUAUGGUAAAAUAUAUCACAGCAUGUCUUCUUCCAAGUUUGAAGCAAAAGUACAAAAUGUCUGAAGUAUUCAAUCUCCUUUCUUGCAAAAACAAACUUGUCAGGAAUCUUUGCAUAAAUGAAUUGAUAAAGAUGAUUAUGGUUGGUGAUCAGAGAAAGUACUCCCAAGAUUGUAUGUUGAAGUUGUACGAAAUUGGAACAGUUCAGCUAUUCACAGUCAUUGGAGAAACAAAGAAAUCCUUUUCCAUUUUCCAAUCCCUGAUUCAACUUGGAAUUAUAUUUAACUGUUUUAUAUACUUACGAGCCAUUGAAGCAAUAGACGAUUGGAAUCCAUGCAUUCAACACGUUAAGAGUAAAAUUCAGUCUAAAAUUAAACGUGUUGCACAGAGAACCGACCAAAGCGUGCACGUAUUUGCAAAGACAGCUGACUGUAUUUUUAAUCUACAAGAGGUGGAUUUCGAUGAAAGCUUUUUAAUUGGGGAGGAUAUGAACACCUUCCUCUCUGUUUCCAAAAAGAAAGAGAGUAAAAUUUAUAUCGAUGGCAUGGCAGCGCUUUUCCAUACAGGGAACUUGAUGCUAAGACAGGAGUCAAAAUUUCAUUGCGGGGUGCAGCAGUUGAGAAUUAAAUCUUUACAUAUGAACGAUUCCUCUGAUGAAGAAUUAGUAAAAUGGUACCAUCGUUUGCUUGGCUUAUUCAUAGUCCAUUUACUGGAAAAAGAGCACCCUGGUGUAAAACAGGAGAUACUCGAAAAAUGUGAAGAUGAAUUAUUAUCGAUACUAAAUUGUACAUACUUUCAUCCCGAGAGCUUUUGUGUGUCAAAGUCACUAUUAUUUCACCACAGCGAAAGAAUUCGAACUAGAUACAAGGACAUAUUUGUAAGUCGAGAAAAGGGGAUGGCCCCGCACAAGUCUGUCACGGAAGAUCACAUAGAAGUUCUUCUGACCAAAUGUGUUUUAAUACUUGACAGGACCCCCUCAGAGUCACCAAUAGGGAAUGAUACUUUUGAACGCAAACAAUGUUCAAUUUAUUAUACAGAUGCAUCAAUUACCUGUAUUGUCGAAGAUUUCAAAAAUAAUUCGAGGGAUUUGAAUAUGUAUGAUAACACCUUGUCACCUUACAACGAUAUCGUUAAUUUAGAUAGACAAGACAGAUUAAAAAAUGAACUCGAAGUGCUCAAAGAAAUAGAGUCCAAAGAGAUUCACAGAAAUGUGGCUAGACUUCUUGCAUUCAAUGCUAGUUUUCCAUGUUUUUACAUCAAAGAAAGACUUCCAGGGGAUAAUUUGCAGCGAAGACUUCUGACAGCCAGAGACAAAAAGAAGAUAAUCCCAAUUAUAGAUCUGAUAGGUAUAAUUGUUCAAGCAGUCCAGGCAGUUAUAUAUGUACACAGUUGUGGUUGUCUUGUCAGGGACAUAACGACUGCAUCAUACGGAUGUCUAUUAAUGAAUAAUGAAUAUUUCAUUAAAUUGAAAAAUUUUGAGAUGGCGGCCAAACCCUCAGACUUUCCAAGCGGUGGAAUAGUAACUGGGUUAAUUGAUUUAGAUUUUGAAGGAGUUCCCACACGGUGGGCGGCCCCAGAGAGCCUGCUGGGUGGACAUUACAGUAUAUAUAGUGAUGUCUGGUCUGUAAACAUUCUGGCAGAUGAGAUCCUUAAUUAUGCUGCUUGGCCAUAUUCCGACAUCAGUGAUUCUGAUAUAGAAGAUAUGGUUACCAAUAUUGUCUUCACACACCUGAAGCCUCAGGGAUUUAACAGACCUAGGCGCGUUCAAGGUCUAAUUUUGGAGGGGCUUGCCAGCGAACCAGAGCAGAGACUAAAACUUGAGGCACUAAGAGAAAGAUUGCUGGAUAUAUCAGACAGUUUGGGCGAUGCGCAAAGCUACAAUGUAUAUGAUACCUAUUCAGGAAUAGAGGGUACACAUGCAAAGGUGUAUGACAUACCUCCACUAACAAAUCUACAAAUGAAGGCCGAUUCCAAAUUUGCAAGGGGAAUACCAAAGACAAUUCGGAAAUACAGAGAGCUUGAUGAAGAUCCCCAGACUGUCUUCGCCUCAGAAGUAGCAGAGAACAAUAGCAAGCAGAGAGAAGAAAUAGGCCUUACCAUCAUGGAAAUUUCUUCCGUUAAAAAUUAUAAAAUAGAGGAUGAGGUAAAAUUAAAAUAUAUGAUGAAGGUUUCGGAAAUAGUCAGUGACGACUUUCUGAAGUUUACUUACAACAGAUUGAAAGAGAUAGAUAGUAGCAAAAUGUGUGUAGAACCUUGGCCUCCAGCGACAAGUAUAACACAAGGCUCUAAACGAAUACAUUAUAGGUUCCCUAAAUCAACACAUCUUUUGGAUCUUACUCUUCAUAAAGAACGUGGUGAAACAAUCACUCCAUAUAUAGAGCUUUUGUACGAAUUAGCCAAACACGUUGACUCUCUCCAUUCAGCUGGAUGGAUAUUCAGAUGCCUUAGAGCAAAACAUGUCUGGAUUCUGGAAACAAAGAAGAAAGAUCAGACAAUAGUCGUUCCCAAAUUUGGAAAGUACCUUGUGAUAGAGUCUUCCCAGUUUGACGCUCACUUAGAGCAGGUAAAAGUUGAAGGAUCACCAGCAGAUCUAGAUGGAAUACAAUGGCUUCCUAUUGAAGCAAUAAAAGCUGGCCUUUACUCCAAAGAAAGUGAUGUAUACGCUUAUGGAAUGGUCACGUGGGAAGUCAUGUCUGCGUUUGGACAACAAGGAGUUGUGUAUGACCAGGACGAAGAACAGGAAUUGACAUGUAUUCCAUUCAACUACCAGCGAUCUGAAAAUAUUCUUCAACAUCUGAUAGAGGGAUAUAUCCCGGAAAAACCCAUCAAGUGCCCUGAAUGGUUUUACCAAGAAGUCACGAGACCUUGUCUCCUGCAUCAGAAAAUCGACAGACCGUCAAUGAAAACUAUCCUACAAAUACUUGAAACAAGACUGGGGAAGGCCCCGCCAAGACAAGAUCGUUAUCUCCCACUUCGAUCUGGCAAACAUAAAGCAGCAAGCAAAUCAUUGAACGCUGAGGAUUAUGAUGAUCUAAUGUAUGAGGAUAUUAAUCCUUGCGAUUUGGAGGAAGAGUCUUCUUUUCAUCCCUCUACACAAAGGAGAGUGCUUCCUCCACCGCUUCCGGUAUCAUAUUGCAACGACGACGAUCGUGUAUCCGAACAAAAAAUCGUAAUGAAAGUAAAGCCAUCACAACCAAAUAUUGCCAUAAGAGAAAAGAAAGCUUCAAUAGCUUUGUCAAAACCUCACGGUAGCCAAAAUAUUGUUUAUGAGAUGAGUGAGGAGAAAAAUUCAGGGAAAAUCAACAGGGAUAGAAGUCACCCAAUACUCGGAGAUAUUGAUGUUGCGGCUGACUUCGGUAGUAAAGGCUAUGAAAAUACUGAAGAAAAAUGGAAAACUGGUAAAACAAUGAUCCGUUUAAGUUCUUUACCUCCUCCUAGACCAAAAAAAAGUCGAGCUCACAAAAGAGAUAACAAUGUGAGGGGAGCACCAAAUUCAGCGCCAAAAGUGAAGAAUCAGCCAGGAAUUGUGGAAUACUCGAGAACAAGCAAAAAUGAUGCUUUUAAAACUCCCAUAGAUCCAAUGGACAGAAAUUCAGAUCCGUCUUUUUAUGACAAUAAUAAAAGUUCAGAUUUGGAUGAAACUAAUAAAGAUACCAGAGGUUUCGAAUCUACUGGAAAUUGGUCUGAAAACUCUCUGAAGCUUGGAUCACAUACAGGUAAUGUCGGUGUUGAUUCACUGGAAGUCGAGAAAGGAUCUGACUUUUUCGGGAAGUUGUCAACUGAAACAACAAAACGUAAAGUACUACUAAACCCCCAAAAUAAAAAUGAAAUAAUAUCUAUACAGUAUGCCAAUCAGGAAAGAGUUAGCGAGAAAGACAAAACUUAUGAUGAUAUGAGAAAAGGUGUACACAAUCAACGAAGUCCAGUAUACGUCAAUAAUUCUCUACCAGAAAGAAAGCCUGACGUGCCACCUAGGAAACCCUUAAAAUAG